AUGAGCUACAGGUCGCAUCAACCCCAUCUUGCUCGCCGUGAGGAAUCCGUGUACAUAUUAGACCCGGGAGUAUGGCCCAAACACGCCCAGAUCGUGGCUCGGCGAUCGGACGGCGCCCCGCGCGAGCAGAGGAGCUCGACGACCAGCGGCUUCUCGCCCGGGCUGCUGCAGCGACGUCGAGGUGGGAACGACAAAGAGGACAAGGUGGAGAAAAAGGACAAGCCAGACAAGCCAGACAAACCGGAUAAGCCUGGCAAGGCAAAGGACGACGGUCAAGAAAAGGCCAGAGGCAACGCGAAGAACAAGCCCGCGGCAGACCCAAGCCCAGUGACGGCACAAGACGCCAGCGAGCCGGCCCUGCCCUUCGUCGUCCCGCCGCCGCAGCUGCCACCGCACGAGAUCCCACCACCGCCGUCGCCGUCCACGCCGUCCACGCCCUCACCUUUUACUCCUACGACCCCAGGCUCCGCGAAUCCAUUUACCCUGCUCCCCAUACAGACGGAGCCGCCCGAACCUUUCAGCUCCCGGCUACGCUUUGCUAUCCCGGCCACCACUUCUAGCCCAACCCCCGAGCCAUCCAGCCCCGUCACUGCUGUACGGACAGAAACAGUCGUCUCUAAGAUCACACAAAUUGCAACCCCCAGCACCACGUCUCGCGAUAGGGCAACGGAUCCGCCUCUUUUGAUCGCUCCAACCCCAUCUCCCACCACCGCUCCCGCCAAAAACGGCUUUCUGCAAGACUCUGGCAGGGUGGCGGGUUUAGCCGUUGGAAUCACCAUUGCCUCUCUUAUCCUCUUUACCGUGGUUGGCUGGUUAAUUGUAAUAUUUAUACGACGCCGUCGGGAUAGAGAGGCAGAUGAGUCCUUCCGGGAUGAGCUGAAUCUCCAUGAAAAAGGCUCAAAUCGAUCCGCCGGCCCUUCUGGGGGUUAUGAAUGGGACCCAGAGUCUACGUUUGCCCCACCGUUCGUCAAGCGGCGAUCAAACCGCCAUUUGAGGACGGAAUCGUCCGCUUCUUCAGUAAUCCAUAAAAUAUGGCACCACGCCCGCAAAACGUCUCAGGGAGGUCUGGCCUUAUCUGAAAUAUUGCGACGGAAACCUUUACCCAUUCCCCCGGACAACAGCUCCCAAGUCUCGUUGACGAAAGAAGCCGCCGAUGAUGACCAUUUGCCGGACAUGCCGGAAAAGGCGCAUGCAACGACCAUCAGCACCAGGUCAUCUGGCGCCCUAUGUGUAGAUAUACCGGCGCCAGCCCUGCGGGAUAACACGCCGCAGGAUGCCCCGGCCCGUCCCCAGAGAGUCGCUCGCAAGAGUCUCUCCAAACUGUCAUGGUCUACCCCAACCACCAAAACCACAUCCCUGGCAUCCAUGUCUCACACCCAGCGACUCCCUUCAUUAGCAAGCAACUACGCCGGGACCGUAUUUUCGGAAGACAGCGAAGCUCCCCGAUUCCGCACUACCUCAAGCUGGGUUCUACACCAACAAAAGAAUUUAAAACGAAACUUGGUAGACCUGGGACAUCCACCCUCGCCGACCGUUGUUCCCGGCUCCCCUACUUUUAGAAGCAGUACCCUGAAAGAGGACGACAGUGAUAGAAAGAGGCUUUCGUCUAAAACUCUUGGCUAA